CCAGUCAACCAUUUCACACCUAACCAUGUGGUUCGCGGCAUUCCUCGUGACCACCCUGCUGCUCCUAACCCGCGCUCAAACCCCGCCGGAUGCGGAAGCCCGUUGCGCGCGGGUAUCGUUCGCGUUCUUCGCCAACGAGGCCGACUGCGGCCGGUUCGUGUUCUGCAACGACGGCCAACCGAUGGACAUCGAGUGCCGCGAGGACGAGAUCUGGCGCCAACAGGAGGCGGCCUGUGUGCUGGGCAAUCGCGAAACCUGCACCGUGUGGGAUCCGGCUGAGGCUUGCUUUGGCCUCGGAAAUGGUCCGAUCGUGUAUCCGGGCUAUUGCGAGCGGUAUAUUAAUUGCGAUGAAGAGCGAGCUAAUGUGAACUACUGUCCGGUUGGGUUCAUCUUCUCGGAGGAGGAUCAGCGUUGCGUUAUAGGAAGUGUCGCGUCGUGUGAAACGUACGAGCAUUUGUGCCGGAGUGGACCGUACAGUCGGUUUAGACAUCCGGAUUUCUGCGAGUCGUUUAUCCAGUGCGACAACCAGACGGCACUGCUGUUCAGCUGCGGGUUCCAGGAAAUGUAUCAACCGAAUGUAGGCAACUGCAUCGCUGGAGAGGACUGUGAACCGCGUCCGGUGAGUGAGGUUUGCGAUGGAAGAAACGACGGGUACGUUGCACAUCCGGAAGAGUGUGGAUCGUUCAUCAAGUGUGUAGGUGGAAUACCUGACGUAACGCCCUGCCCGGACGGUCAAAUCUUCCGUGACGGAUUCUGCGUUCCCGGAACUCGAACCACCUGUCAAACGCUGGACGGAAUGUGCGCAAAUCGUGGUAACUACGAGCAGCUGGUUCAUCCCGACGGUUGCAGGUAUUUCGUUGAGUGCUUCGGAGGUGUAGCUAACGUUCGCGUCUGUCCAACUGGCAAGAUCUUCCGUCAAGAUAUGCAGUUCUGCAUCCCUGGUGACGCAGAUACAUGUGAAGCCGCUCCCAUAGCAGACAUGUGUCACGAUUCGCCGUACGGGGUCAUAUUCCCACAUCCGGAAGAUUGCUCACAGCUCAUCCGGUGCAACGGAACUGCCGCGCUAGAAGAGCCCUGCCCCGAGCAUCACAUCGUCCAACCGGGAAGUCUCAACUGUGUUCCCGGACUGUUCGAAACGUGCGAAUCGUUCGACCAGAUCUGCCAAGGAAAAUUCGAUGACCGUAUAGCUCAUCCCAGCUGUAACCAGUUUGUGUACUGCCAGAACGAGAAAGCCCUAAUCCUUCUCUGUACUCCAGGAGAAAUCUUUUCCACCCUCGAUCAAAAGUGCAUCCCCGGCGAUACCGAACAGUGCGAAGCACUGUCAUGCUCUACCCGUUCAGACGGACUCUUCCCCCAUCCCAACCUAUGCCACGGCUUCUACCAGUGCUCCAACGAGCAGGUCUCCAGCCAUCUGUGCCCGCUCGGGCACAUCUUCGAUCCGGCGGCCCGCGUUUGCACCCCGGGAGACUUGGAAACCUGCCAGCCGGAUCCGCUGGAGACCAUGUGCGAGAACAAGUUCGACGGGCUCCGCUAUCCCCACCCGGAAGGGUUCGACUGCGAGCGGUUUGUGGUUUGUCAGAACCGGGAAGCGCUGGUGGGUAGCUGUCCAGCGGGUGCGGUGCUGCGGCCGCAGUUUCUUGACUGCGUUCCGGGGGAUGAGGAAAGCUGCGAGGCUUUUGAGGAUGUUUGUCCGGAGGAUUUCGAUAUCGUGCUAGCUCAUCCAGGGAGGUGUGAUGUGCUGAUUGUUUGUGAAGAGGGAUCUGCUACGGUGGAGUCGUGUCCGGAAGGUGAGAUUGUAGAUCGGGAUUCGUUGGAGUGUGUUCCUGGUGACAUCAACGACUGCCUUCCGGUUGAAAAUCUUUGUGAAGGUCGAGAGGACGGAUUGUUUGAAGAUUCUUCAUCAUGCACUCGCUAUAUCCAGUGUGAAUCCGAACGGAUGACUGCUUUGGAAUGUCCUACGGAUAACGUUUUCGUACAAGAACUUCAGGGUUGCGUUCCAGGAGAUACCGAGGCAUGCACCAACAUCUGCACGGAACAAGAAAACAACGUAAUGCUAGAGAAUCCCAGCUCUUGUGUGGAAUACUACCGUUGCAGCGAAGGACUACCAAUCGCGGAAUCAUGCUUAAUCGGUAACAUCUUCAUCGAAACGACCUGCGUACCAGGAAGUGCGGACACUUGCGAAGAUUUCAGCGAUCGCUGCGUCGACCAACCGGACGGUCGGCUUGAGUUCCCCGGUGCGAGUCAGUGCUCCUUAUACCUGGAAUGUUCCAGCGAAGUUACUUCCGUUGGAACAUGCCAGGAAGGAACGGUUUUCAUAGCUGAACUGGGACAGUGCGUGGUGGGUGACGCCGCGGCGUGUACCAACCUCUGCACCGAUCAAGAAGACGAUUCCCUGCUACCGUACCCGGACUUGUGUGCGGAGUACUUCCGCUGUACGGGUGGACUACCCAGUGCGGAAACAUGCUCUCCAGAUCACAUUUUUGACGAGCGCUCGGGAAGUUGCGUUCCGGGAAGCGUCGCUAGCUGUGAAGACUUUAGCGAGCGCUGUGUUGGACAACCGGACGGACUACUACCAAUUCCAGAUUCCGCUAGAUGUGACCGAUUCUUGGUUUGUUCCGUCGAAUCCGUAACACUUGGUAGCUGUCCAGAGGGGGAGGUAUUCAGUGAAGCUACUCAACUGUGCGUUCCUGGGGACGCAGAACAAUGCACUGAAGAUGCUGACUACAACUUCUGCGAAGGCUUGGAAGAUGGCAGCUAUGCUCAUCCGCAGGUGUGCCACCUGUUUGUUGGUUGCGAAAGUGAGUCCGCUCAAGUAGGAGCUUGCGGAUCGGAUGAGGUAUUCAAUGCUGAAUCGAGUAGUUGUGAAGCGGGGGACAGAACUAGCUGCUAGGUUAGAUUAAGUGAAUAUAAAUUGUAACGCAACGUG